UAAUAGGUUUGCAAACAAGAUGGCGUCAUCCCGUGUACCUGAUAACUUGCCAGCAUAUAAUCCAAACAAGUCCACACUAGCAUUCGGGGACAGAGCCCUACCAAAGAUAAGGAGGGAGCUCUCAUCAGGUGAUGUGGAGGUGAUCCAACAAGCACUGCUCCUCCUAAAUGACCUACUACACAAACCAGAGAAUAUAACAUCAGCUGUGAGAGAAGGAUUAGUCAAUAGUCUCUCUUUAUUGUUGAUUUCUGAUGACUCGGUGAUUAAGUAUAGAUCAGGGUCUUGUCUACAGCUGAUUGCUGAGCAUGCUUUAGGAAGACAAGCAUUCCUCAAACUGAACAUCAUCAAUUCCCUCUCUAGACUGUUUGUAGAUCCAGAGCCUUUGGUUAGACUCCACUCUCAUUUAGCUGUUGAAAUGUGUGGAAGAACCAAAGAGGGUGUGCAAGGACUGCUGGACAAUGGACUGAUACCAAUACUGGUGGAGAGAUUCAUCAGUGAACAACAAAUUGAACUUAAAGUAGCAUCACUAGAGUCAUUGCAUUGGUGCCUAAUGGCAGACCCAGUUCCUGGUCUAGAGUGCAGGGCUAUUGAGAGACUCCAGCCAUCACUGACUGCUGAAGUAGCUGAUGUGAAAUGGAGGAUAGCAAGGUGUCUCUAUGACCUUACAGUACCUCACUCAGGAAAGAGAACUGCCUGUGACUGUGGAUUAGUCAAAGACCUUGUACCAUUGCUCGCUGAUGAUCACCAUCUUGUUAAGACUCAUGCAGCAUCUGUACUGAUGAGUAUAGCAGUUAUUACAGAGGGUAAGUAUGCCUUGCUCAAUGAAGAAGGUUUGGAUAAGUUGGUAUCAUUAUUAGCUGAUACUACACCAGCUGUGAGGCUCAAUGCAGUUAAAGCCCUCACUUUACUAGCAGAAGCUCCAAGUGGCAAAGAGAAAUUAAUGAAAUCAUUAAAUGAAGUAACUGAAUUGGAAGGUGAUUCUGAUGAUGUCAUUGCUAAAGCUGCAGCAACAGCAAAAAAAACAAUAACUUGGUUACCAUGACAAUCAUUACUAGUUAAAGCAUUCGAUUUAAUUAUUUUGAGAGAGGGAUUACAAUAAUCAAUGAUAUUUAAACAAGCACAAAUCACAACAGCAA